ACAGCGGGAGAAUGUUCUGUUUUGUCUUCUAACAAAAUUUCCAGUGAAGAAAAUAUUUAAAAUGGAUAAACUACCGAAAACCGCAGCUCCAGAACUGCCCUCGUUGGAAGCCAUGUUCACAUCAUUCGCCAAGUAUCGACCAGCACUAAACUCCUUCCAAGGUGACGGCCAACGUAUUCUAUUGUCUCAAAGCGACGCUUGGAUGCAACAAGCGCUUCUGGUUGGGAAAGAUCGCCCGUUCACUCUUACCGAGACGGGUGUGCAAUUCUUUUCGUUCAGCAAAUCAACACUGGAUUUCGAGGAGUUUGAACAAUUUCUGGAAACUUUAUGUGCUAGCAAGAAUAUCGAUGUGGAAAAAGUAAAACAAAGUUUGGUAAGCUGCGGUCCCCCAGGAAUUGUUUCCUGACAGUAUCGAGGACAUACACUGUUUGCUUAUCUAAAUCAUGUGAUAGGUGAUGUGUUCGUUUUGAAUAAAUAAUGUUAGUAAAAUUAAUCGGAUAGCGACUAUGGAAGUUAUUUCAUAGGUUCCAGUAAUUUCAUAAAUUGUUGGAUAGCA